AUGAUGUUUGAAAUCUAUGUUCAUAAUUCGAUUGAUGAUUGGAAUAGAUACUUCAAUGAUCCACCAACAGUCACAAAUUCUGAUGGAUCAAGACAGUUCCGGAAAACAGAUCCAAGUGGAAAAUAUUUUGUUACAGACUGUAUAUUCGGAGACUUAAAGAUGACAUGUGUCUCUGUGAAUUCAGUAGGUCCGAACUAUUUAGGAGUCAGUGAAACAGAAUUUAAUAAAUGCAGUGCAGAUAAUCACUGUCCAUGCACUGUUUUUCGAAAUGGACCAUUUUUCCAAUAUCGAGUUACAGGAAAAGAUUGCUCAGUGACAACCGCAACAGGUAAUGGAAUUCACACAUCAGUUAAUGUUAGAGAGAAUAGUAAUGAUCUAAAUCUCAUUGAAGAAUCAUCAAUUUCAGGUUAUUCAAGUGAAACAUCAGGCUCUGUUAUUAGCAAUUGGUUCGGGAACGUUUCAUUUGUUUCAAUCAAUGAAAGCAACUGCAAAACAAAUAAAAAUGUCGGAUAUGAUAUCAAGAAUGAUAUUUCAGGAACAUCAAACAUCAAAUUUUGUCAAUUCAUAUCUAAUAAAGCAGUUGAAAAAUGCUAUUAUCACUAUAUUUCAAAACAUUCCAUUCAAUGUAGCAAUUAUGUCAACAGUUCUUAUUCCUGGAGUAAUUUAUUUAGGUACCUCGAAUGCCAUUUUAGUUAUGCAUAA